AUGGCGCUCCUACCUCAGCCCGCUCGUUUUGCCUCCUCGGAGGUGAAGGGUGCUCCACUCCAAGGAGGCCUUCCGCCCUAUUGUGGACGUUUGCAGACGUCCAAGCUGGAUGUGCUGAUCAUCGGUGUUGCACACCGUGACGAUGGCACAUCUGGAGAGGCAGCCAGACGAAUGAUCCAAAGCUUCGAGCCUGAGAUCUGUCUCGUGGAGCUGGACCAGCAGCGCUUCUCCCGGCUCCUGGCCUUUCGGCAAGGCCUGCCCUGGCCUUACGCACCGCUGCGGGGGGCGAAUUAUCAGCCUAGCCCACAAGUGCAAGCGAUGCGCGAGGUGUUGUUCUCCGGGCUGGAGCUUGCCCAGAGUAUCGUCGGCAACAAGGACAAGGGUGGUGGCGACGAGUUUUACGAGGCCUACCUUGCAGCAGCCAAAAACGGAGCCCUGGUCGUUCCGGGCGAUGUUCAAAUCUCCAGCGCCCUGGACAGCCUCCUGGGGGCCAUCCGCCGCGGCUUCGCCGAGCCUUUAGGGCAGAUGGCUGCAGGAGGAAGUGCACUCGGUCGAGCCUUCGGCGGCAUCGUCGGCCGGCCGGAGUGGCGCGAUCCGGCGGCGGAAGCUGUAGGCGUAGCUGUGCCCGUGGCCCUGGUGGCCGACGGUGGCGGGCGCGCUUUGCCCCUGGCACGGGCGACGGCCGUAGGCGUCAUCGUAGCCAAUGUCGUGUCCUUGGUCAUGGGAGGUAAUGGCAUGAAAGAGAACAUCGAAGGUUUGCAGCGGAUGGACCUGCAAGGCCUCACAGAUGUGGCCUUGGCGUUGUUCGGCCUCGUCUUCUCAUUGAUCGUCGGCGGUGCGUACGUCGUGUCCUUCUUGGAAGCGAGGGACUCACACAUGACACGCAGGCUGCUGGAGACCACCAGCCUCUAUGACAACAUGCGCCGGGACGAUGGCAUGCUCGGCUACAGGUGGGUCAAGAGCUCGUGGGCGGCGACGGCCACUCCUCCAGCAGCGGACGGGACGCAAGAGCUCUCGGACGAGGUCUUCCAGCAAGCCCUCGAAGCUUCUGUGCCGGAAGGCGACGGCACGGAGAAGACGAAAUUUCUCCGGGACCUGCCUGUGCGGCCGAGGCCAGAUGUGAAACCGGCGGCCGGCUCAUGGCUGCCCCUUUUUACUGUGCGGCGGCCGCUCUUCGAGGGGAAGGUCAGGAAGUUUAGCCUUUUUGAGCCCCGCUUCCUGCGCGUCUUCGAUGACCUCAAGGAAGCAGGCCUCGCGAAGCCGGGAUUGCGCAUUGCGGUCGUCUAUGCUCCGCACGGGGUGGAGAGGCCUCUGGGCCUCUGGCAGACGGAGGCGUCUUGGCUUCCUGCUCGGCCGGCGGUGCCGCUGGAAAGCCUGCCGCCCCUGGCGGUGCAGGUGGAAGUCGUGCUGGAGCCAGAGGUCCGUGUGGUCGAGGUGGAGUCAAUCACGGAGGCAGUUGGCGAGGAUGGUCGACGACGAUGGCGCCUUGAAGCCCGAGGCACUUCGGAUACGCUGGCCACCCGCAGCUGCGACAUCUCAGCCGAUGAGUUCGGAGCUUUGUGGCUUGCCGAAGACAAAGGUGCACGAGAGCCCUCUCCUGAGUCCAAGGCUGCGGCAGCAGCGGAGAAGGGCCCCAUCAAAUGUGCGGCUGUGGUCGGGCUGAUGCAUGUGAAUAGCAUGCUCGAGCGUUUGCACGAGGAGGCCGUGGCAGACCCAGCCGCUGUCUAG